UGGUGCGCGCUCUUCGCUUCCUCCCAGCCACGAGAUUCAAGUUUGAAAAUAAGGAAGAAAGCGAAGACUGGAGGAGCAGACGUGAAUGGUUUAAACUUGAGCCUGAUUCUAACACCUCAUCAUGGUACCUGGUAGUUCUGGGUUAGUGGAGUUUCUUAAUUUCCUCACGGUUAUUGCUUUGAAAUAAUUUUACAAGGUGUAGGCUACAUGUUUUUUAAUAAGGUCAAGGCCGAAAGCGCCCCUCAUUUUGAAGUUUUGAUGGGUAUUUUAUUACAGACCUAACAUGGCGCCGGACAGUAUUCAAGGAAAGAUACUCCACCUGCUUCAAUGGCUGUUGCCUAGGUUACAGAUUAACCGGAAGAGGUUGUGCUCUUAAAGAGUAAUUUCCCUUCUCAAGUGCUCAACGCUAUUAAUUGACUAGUGCUGUCAGCAAAAAAAAGAGAAGGAAAAAAAAAAGAAAGAAAUCUCUUUUGGAUAAGUUCCACCCGUGAUUACAUUUCGUUGAAACUGCUUGGUGAUAACACAAGGACGAUGAUACUCAUUUGAAGUAUCAUUAUAUAGUUUAGUGAUUCGGCGGUGCUUCCUGCCAGUCGGACAGAGAUGAGGCCCAAGGUCUUUGAAAUAGUUCUGACCAACAACGAGGCGGUUUUCUAUUCGGGCCAAACAUUGCAAGGUCACGUGAUAUUAGAACUGGACAAAAAUGUGAAAGUUAGCGGAAUCAAGUUGGUCUUUCAUGGAAAAGCGUUCGUGCACUGGACAGAGCAAGUGAUGCGGGGGCCGGGCGAGAGUAGGUUCAAAGAGGUGCGCCACCAUUCGGCCACAGAGGAUUACAUUGACGUCACUCUGCCGUUGCUGAGCAAAAGUAACCAACAAGAUGAAGAGAGAACUCUAGAGUCAGGUCAGUACACGUACCCCUUUCAGUUCCACAUACCAGCCUCCUCCCCCAGCUCGUUUGAAGGCCAGUAUGGAUUCAUAAGAUACUGGAUCAAAGUUGCUAUCGAGCGGCCAUGGAAAGAGGAUGUGUCGGUGAAAAAACUGUUUACAGUUAUCUACCCUGUUGAUCUGAACAGAGAACCGACGGCAGACCAGCCCAUUCACAACAAGAGAGAGAAGCGUCUGUGUUGUCUUUGCUGUGUGUCAGGUCCAAUAAGUGCAUCACUAAGUCUCAGUCACAAAGGUUACGUACCAGGAGAAACACUAUACGUCAAUGCUGAAAUAUCGAAUCACUCCAAGAGAAAAGUUGGCAGCACUAGUGUAGAAUUGCUCAUGACAACAACUUUUCACACUCCAAUCAAAUCUCGAUCAGUGACCCAGCAGGUAGCAUCAAUACAACACGGUUCAUUGAGACAUGGAGACAAUGAUACCUGGGAAGGUGAUCCCCUGGUUCUUCCCCCUGUUCCCCCAUCCUACAUGAUUGGCUGCGGUAUAAUUGAUGUCAGGUAUACACUAGAGCUGCGGGUUUUCCCAGUGGGACCAGCAUUUGAACUUUCGGUGCCAUUAGAAAUACUUAUUGGUACAGUUCCACUCAACUCUACGAUUGAUCGUUAUCUGGCUAUGCAUCAAAUGACACCACCAACACCACGUAAUUUGAAUUUUAACCACAGAGGGGCUUCAGCCAUUCAAGAUAAUGAUAUCCGACCAAGUUAUUUGUCGCCUAACUUUUCGUCUUCAUCAGUCUGCCGACACCAUCUUCAUGACGACGACGACGAUCAUAGCACAACUUUUGAGAAUAAUUACACACCUUAUUUUGUUGUUUAUAAUUUUCAAGUUGUCCCACCCCGAAGACAGCAUGCCGUCAGCUUUGCUACAUUGCAGUAGUGGUUUUAAAAAGUGGGAGAGAAAACAUCAUUUCAACAUUUUGUAAAAAUGUUCAUCAUUCAUAUAUGUCAUCCUAAAUGUUCAUUGUUCAUAUGUUUCAUCCUAAAUCAUCUUGACAGAACAACAUAGUCACAUUGACUUGUGCAAAAACUCUUAUUUUAAAAUUUUUUAUUUUUUUUUGUAAUUUAGAAUUGAUUUAUUUAAAUGGCAUUUUAACAUUAUAACAUGCAUAAUACAUACUGUCAUAAAAAAAUAUAAUAUAAAAUCAAGGCAACUUUAUUCAUAAAAAUCAAAAUGGAUUGGCUGUUUGUCAGUCAGAUUUCACAGAUAUUCUUUGUAAUAAAUAGUUUAAAAUGUUUUAAAAAAUUGUCCUUAAAAUGUCAGUUUUAAAACAUUCAAUUUGACUUUCGACACAUUAAAUAUAUUAAUUAAAUAUAUUAGGAUGUUGGUUUGUGCAAUAACUUAAUGACUAUUGUAAACAUUGACACUAUAGCGGUGUAAAGGGCCUAUGAAAAUGAAAGUAAGAACAAAGAAAUAAUACAAUAACACUUUCUGUAUUCAAUGCACUCAGAGAGCUUAAAAGAAAUUUAAAGUAUUUCUGGUCACAUAUUUACUUGUCGGUGUGUGAAGUCUUUGUAAAGUAUUUUCACCUCUCAAUGACCAGGUGGUUAAAUUUAAAUUGUUUACAAUGUCUGUUCCGGUCAUUCUUUUCUUCUCUAAGCAUUCUCUUUGUGACCUAUAAAAUAAAAAGAAAAUGAAUCAGACAGCAUAAAGUACACAGUAUUUAUAAUUAAAGUACCUGUAACAACAAUGUGACUGGUAUUACAAAUGAAAAACAAUUGAAGAAAAUAUUAAUUUGUUUUCUAAAAAAAUGUUGAAUAGCAAUUUUACACUUUCCUUUAUCCUGGCUAAAAGUACUAGCAACACCUGCUGCGCCUGAUGUGCCAACAAGAUAUUUUUAGUUCUGGCUUGCAAAAAGGAAAUAUCCUGCUUAAAAACGUAUCCUUCAUCUUUAAAGAUAACAACAGACUUGCUAUGGAUUGUCUUCUGAUCACCUUUUUUAUUUUUUUUUUUUUUUACAAGUUAGGGUUAGGGUUAUUGUGAUCAUGAUAUACAACUAAGCAUAAUAAAUAACCUCCCUUUGUGGAGGAAAACAUCCAUUUUGUGAAAAGAAAAUUAGUCGACACCGGCACUUUUGAUUCCAGUAUCCAAGGGAGUUAACCUUUCAAAGUGUCAUCUCAGAUCACCAGUUAAAUGACAAUUUUUUUUAAGCUAUAAAUAUAGACACUGUUGAAUCACUAAGACACCCUCACUCUCCUCUCCUUAAAGAAUGCACAUCCGAUGUAGAGAAAUUCUGUUGUAGACUGUUUAUUAUAUGGCUCCUUUUGUCUCGAAAGGCAAUGGAUGCGCUCAAGUGAGUCACUGGUUUUGGCUUAAUCUUGAGACGGGGCAGAAUCUGGUGUGGCUAAUCAAGCCAAUUCUAGAACGGCAGACUUUGCCACUGUUUAUUACAUUGUAUUAAAAAUGCUCACUACUCAGUGUUAAUAAUCAAUAAUCAAGGCGACAGGAAUUUUUUAAAAAAGAACAUGUUUUGUUUGUAUUUGUAAAAGGCAGCCACAAUAAAGAAAAGCAAAAUAUUUCAUAUAUUUUCUUUUUAAAAUUAAUGUCUAACCUUUUAUUAUAAAUGAUUUAAAUAUGCAUUUAUCUCUAAACCAAUAAACUUCAGUUCGAAGUGAUUGAUGAUGAAUGUAACAUCACAAAUAUGAUUGUUAAUAUUCCAAUAAAAAUGUUAGUAGAAUAUUUUGUGAGUAAUUUGUUUGUUAACAGACAUACAAGUGUUAAGCUGUAUACAUGACAUUAAAACAUAUUAGCAGCACUGGGAUACAAUAGCUAUGGAGAGAAGGUGCAGGUAAUGAGAUCUGAAUGCUAAAGUCAAAUGUUAUUAAAUAUUAUAGCUUUUUAUAUAGCGCUACUUUCAUGCUUAUAGCAUGCUCAGAGCGCUUUUGGUCCAAUCUCAUUUGUGGACCAGAGUGUGUGUGUGUGUGUGGGGUUAUCUAGGAGUUGGUUUUCCGUGCUGCCUAUAGGCGCUCAGUAACCACAGCUCUGCCCGAGUUGGGUGUCGAACCUCGAGCCCCCUUCUAGGUAGCCAAGUUCAAGCGCACUUGGCCUCUCGACCACGCUUCCCACAAAUACUCGUCACAAAAAUGUUAUCUACCAGACAAUGGAUGACUCUCUGAUUAUGCGGUAUGCGUGCUGAACUGUUGUUCAGUCAUCUCGAUGGUUCCAGGUUCAAACCCUGCCCACUGCCAUACCCUGUUAAAAACUAACUGUGAAAAUUGUAAUCUCAUUUAUCUCUUUUCAUAAUCUGUAAGUUUUUAAUCAAGUUAUGUUACAAUUUUUAACUAGUUAUAUUAUGUAAGUUACAUUGACCAAAACAUGUGACAGUAUUAAUUGAGUAUGAGUAUUUCUUGUGGUUUGAGUAUUUUUAGUAUCGAGGAUUAUAAAUGAAUGCAUAACAAAAGACAUUAUUGAAGCACUAUAAAAAAAAAAUUUAAAAAGCUGAAAAUAAAA